AUGGCUAAUCCCAAAUACACUUCCACAAAUGAGAAAACAAACGCUGUCCGGUUAUCUAGGUUAUUAGUGGAUCCAUGUACUGAUCUUUUUAGGGCAAUUCUGAGGGAUCGUAUUACAGAAAUACAGUUUCCAUGCAUUCUUAACAAGGAAAAGAAUAAUUUAUUCCAUAUCUUAUACAAAGAUCAAAGGGAAAUACUUUAUCCUAAAAGCGGCUUCACUGGAAUUUAUGAAGAAUUUGAUUUGUCUUUAUUAUACAUUUUACUAAGAAAUAUAUCUGGAAUACAUCCUCACCAGAAUGGAUGGGGUAAAUCUCCUGAUCCAAUAGAUCGAUCCCUCUCCGCUAACAUAGAACGAAUCAGGGAAAUCCGAAAUACGCACUGUGGACAUGCACCCUGUGUUUCCCUUCCAGAUCCAGAAUUUCAAAAACAUUGGCAGAACAUUACAGUUAUUAUCAGUGAACUAGAACGAAGUCUUCCUGGAGGAUGCACAACAUAUACAAAUGCUGCAAAGAUGCUUCAAACUGAAACCAUGGAUCCUGAACAGGAAAAAAAGUUCCUUGACAUUAUCGAUCAACAACACAAAUCCACAGAGGAUCUGAAAGAGACUACCAAAGAGUUGAAAAAAGAACAAGAAAUCCAACGUACCAAACUGGAAAUGCUCAAGUCUGAAUUUACACAAGGACAGAAGAGAAAAGCAGAACAAUUACAACUAAAAACAACAGAACGGAAGAAACUGAAAACUGAGCAAAACAAACAAGCAAUUGAGAUUAAAAAACUAAAGCAUGAACAAAAUCAACAAAGAUUUAAACUUCACUCAAUUAAACGAAAGAUAAUGUCGAAAAGUCUUUCAGAAGAAAAAAUAAAUGGUUUUGAAGGACAAAACAUUAUUGGAAAUACAUUGGCGGUUCUGAAAGCUCAUAAACUUCAAAAGGUAAUUGCAAGAACAUCCGCUGUGCAGAACACUAUAGACAAAUUGAGAAAUAACCAUUUGGCUAUUCUGACUGGCAAAGAAGGGACUGGAAAAACAACGACGGCGUAUCAAGUCUUAUGGGAGAUGUCAAAUCCUUCAUUUGAUUCACCAUGUACACCUGUUUUAAUAAUAUCUCCUGAACAGUGGGAUAAAGUGAUCAAACCUUCCUUUCAAUAUAUUGUUUAUCUAGAUGAUGUGUUUGCUUCAGAAACUCUUGAUAAAAUGGCAGUUCAAAAAUGGAAAAAUCAGAUAAAUGUUAUGUUUGCCUGUGCUAAAACCGGAAAUGUUAUGGUUUUGAUAGGACUCAGAAGUAAAAUAUUGGCUGAAGUAAAAAAAAUGUUCAAACAUGCAAUUCUUAAUGAAGAAAAUAUCGUUGACCUGUCUUUGGAAAAGAAUUUUACCAUAAAAGAUAAAGCCAAUAUACUGGAUGCUUAUGAAGAAAAUUGCAAUUUUAAGGCCUCGGAGCUAAGAGGCGAUUCAUUUACAGAAUAUGCAGAGGAGAAUGGAAUUAAUGCAGUUUAUAGGUUGCGUCAUGACGAGAAGAUAGGUAUACUUUUUGCCGAUUCUUAUUAUGGAUUUCCUAUGACGUGCUCGAAUUUUUUCUCAAAUCGUGAUUUUUUUCAGAUUGGCACAUCUUACUUUGAAUGCCUUGAUGAAAAAUUAUUAGAAACAAUAGAAAAUAUGCGACGAGGGAAUUCUGGAAACAUACAUGAAAAAGUUAAAUAUUGUGUAUUAUGCUAUGUUUCAAUUAAUGGAAGCAUCGAGCCAAAUAGAAUAUCUAAGAAAUUGUUAAAUUCUAUCUGUGAAAGAUUAAGGAUUUUUCAAAUUCAUGACAUUGAAUUGAAAGACGCAAUCACUGAUUUGGAUGGUUUGUUUCUGCGAAAAAUAACACCAAUUUCGGAAAACCUUUAUGAAUUCUCGCAUGAAUCUGUUUUGGAAGGUGUUAUAGUGUCAUUCGGACAACUAGCACCAGACAUUGUGAUUAGAAACUGUAGUAGAAGACAAUUGCAUAAACUAAUUCACACACAGAAGUAUCAGUCGAAACCCGGGGAAGUUGUUCUGAAAGUUCAAAAAAUUAACUAUUGGGAUUUAGCACAAAGACUGAUAGGAAGUGAUGAUAAUGACUUCCUCACCAUGAUUUUUCCUUGGAUAGUCUAUGAAGUUUCUCUUCAUCCAGGAUUUGAUGACCCUGAUUUUUUGUCCGUUUUUCUUAGUAGUGAAUUAAAGGAUAAAAUUACUACUCAUCUUCAAAAUGUAAGGAUUAACAGAGCUGCGUUUUCAAUGUUUCAUACAGAAAAUCUGUUGAAAGUUCUUGAGCUAUGUGGUCCACAUCAUGCUACACAAGAACAUUCCCAUUCGCAAAACAGUGGUGCACCAACAUUUCAAAUAACUGUUGAACAUAUUCAAGUAAAACUGCAACAGAUUUUUCUUUCUAAGAAAAAAUACUGCAUAUUAAAGACUAUUAUAUCUUACAUACAUAAAUAUCGUAAUAUACGUGAUAUACGUAAUCUUCUUCAAACGAAAAUCUGCUCUGGUCUGACAGUUGUACAAUACUGUGUUAUGCAAGGAUGGAAGAACCUUGUGGAUCUGAUACUUGAAAUAGACACACCGACAAAGACAGACCUCAAUUGGUCAUGUGCACAUCUCGCUGCGUAUGGUGGAAGGUCAUUGUUAUUGCAUAAAUUUAUAGACCUUGGACAGAAUAUAACAGAAAAAACUACAGAUGGUUAUACCGUGCUUCUGGCAGCUUUUCUGGGAUUAAGAUAUGGCGAUAAAAAAAGACGUAAUAAAAGUGAUCUUCCUACAGCUUUACACGUAGCUGUAUAUCUUGGUAGAGCAGCGAUGGUGAAGAAAUUGUGGGCAUUUGGAGUACGACCUCAAGAAAGAGACCUGUCUCUCAUGCAAACUCAUAAUGAAGGAGAAAUGUUUUGCAAUAAACGUAUCGUUUAUACCCAGUUGAAACGCAAAUUAGAUCCGAAUGUGUAUGACAGUGUGCUAUUUAAACUUUGCUGGAAUGAUGGAAACAAUGAAGUCCUUGAUUUGAAACUGAGAGCCACCGAAGAAGUGGAAGUUGACUUUGGGGGUACCAAAGAAUUUCAAGAGGUGUGCGAUUUUCUCGAAGAUAAUCUCGGACGAGAAUGA